UGAUUUAGCGCGACUGUGAAGAAGAGGAAACAACAGUCAUGCUGUUUUUAAGCGCUGCGUGAGAAUCAUAUUUAAUCGUAUUUAAUAUCACUGACAUUAUUGGGGACUUUAUCGUUAACGUUUUGAUACUGGAUACCAAACAACCGAGACGUCUGUGAAUAAACAUGGCCGGAAAUAUUAAAGAUAAAGAAGCAUUUCAACGUCUAAACUUUCUCUAUCAGGCGGCUCACUGUGUUUUGGCCCAAGAUCCUGAAAAUAUUGAAUUGGCGAGAUUUUACUGCUUCACCCAGAAGACCAUCUCUAAACGACUGGUGCUCAGGCAAGAUCCAUCAGUGAAGAGAACCAUUUGCAAGAAGUGUUGCGCUUUAUUGAUACCAGGUGUCACAUCAACAGUAAGACAGAAAAGGGGACCCAGAGGACAACGGAAGACCAUUGUACGAUGUUUGAGCUGUGGACUGACCAAACGAUUUCCAAACAACCCCAAGCAUAAACUGUGGGUGGACCAACCUGAGGCUCAGCUAGAAAACCAGACUCCACCAGAUGCUGGUCCUUCAUCUAAAUCCAAAACCCAAGGUACAAAAGCGAGUGUUUCAAGAGGUCAAGCUGCCACAAAAGAAAAGACUUCAUCAACAGCAUAGACCAAUGCGGCUUGUGAAAGCUCAGCCCAUUGGUCACUGUACUGUCUUUGACGCAUUCAUACAUUUCAAAGACUUCAUGGACGACUCGCUCAAACACAUUCUUUUUUUAUUUUUUUUAUUACAUUGAAAAUUGUGCAAUACUGUUGGAAGCAACAUUUGUUUUUAUGUUUGCUUGAAUUGCAAUUUGAACUUUACUCUGGUGAAAUCUCGAAAAGGAUCUAUUACUGAAGUGGUUGAAUUACACUGACAAUAGCUUUUAUUUUUGAAAUGUUAUACUUAUUUUAAUAUCACAAUAACUUUUGUGUUAUUUCAAUUAAAGAGCCUUUUUUUCUGUAAUCCUGAGUGCAAGGAAUUUUUGGGAAUUGAGGGCUGGGAUGAGAAAUUGUUCUGUCAUUGCUAGUUAGUGUAAUCAUUCUAUAAUUUAGAAAUGUACUCUAUUGUGUUAAGACAUUUUUACAAAAUAACUUUAAAUGAACAAGAAGCAACAUUUGUCGAAAGUUUCUACUUUUGGCCUUUAAGCAGUGUUCCAGUCAGCUUUGAAAUGAUUUCUUGAUGUUUGUGUAUCCCCACAAUGAACGUUAAAGUUUUGAUACCCCCGCAUUUGAUGUUUAUGGGCCCAACUAAAGCUUGUGUGCAUAUCUUUGCAUGAUCAUGAAUGAUUAUAAAUCUUUUAUGGGUAAAA